AUGUUUGACAAAACCGCAGCGAAUCCAACUUCUGAUCCCUCAGCGACGCCCACUUCGACCACAGACCCCUGGAACUCUAUUACCCUCGGUGUCACUACCACUUUCGGAGUAUUCAUAACCUGCUGCAUCCUCGCGGCUUUCAUCAAGUGCUUCGAGUCUAUCAUAAAGAUGAACCGGAAGUCUCGCAACCAAGACGACAGGAGGCCUGAUGAGGGCGACGGCCGUGGUAGAACUUCCUGGCCAAGGCGCUCUUCCAAUUCUCCCAUCUUGCCGACGACGCACCGCCCUACGAAUGAAGGAAACGAUGAGGACGAGUUAAAUGGGUGGAUGCGCGGAGCCUCAAAUAGGCGCCAGGGUGCGGAUCUACGGAUCAACCUGCUCGAGCAGAAAGUCGAAGAGCUCUACUACGCCAUCAAUAAAGUCCAGGAUGAUCAUGACAAGCUCGCUUCCGUCAUAGAGGAGAUUGCCUGCGAGAUUUUGUCCGAGGUGGCAACAAUGGGUAACUCUAGCACCGAAACGAGCUCCCAGUACUUCAGCUGCAAGUCAAACAUGCAGGACAGUGACGAUGAAUUUCUGAAGUCUGGGGAUAUCAGCGAGUUGCCAGGCACAGAAGAAUUGUUGGGAAGAGCAACUCCAUCCGACCAACUCGACGAUUAUCCCAUUCCCAACCGACCUUUCCGUACUAUAGGGGGACGCACAACACCGCCGCCCAUCCCAGCCAAGUCCUCGAAGCGGUUCGUUCCAUAUUCACCUGAAAACCCAUUCCUGGAUCCUCAAGGACAGCGUAGGACGCCGCAUCGAUUCACUUCCGAAUUCGGAAAAGGUAGCAGCCGCCCCACCUCUCCCAUCCCGUACAUCCCGCCGCCACGCCCUCCCCCGCACGGCUCGCUGGCCCCGGCUCCAAACCUGAACUCCAACCAUCCCGUCAGCGCGUGCGCGUACUUCGCACCAGUGGAGAAGAAGACGGGGGGGCCCUCCGCGCCGCGCCAACAGCCGGAUCAGGCGAACGAACGCUGCGACGGCCGUACUGCCUGGACCAGCUCUUCCACCAGCGGCGCCUCCUACCGCCACGGCGGCGAAGACAGAGAGGUUCGAUAUCGACGACCGACCAGUUCGCAGGUUAGAAGCAGCAGCAGCGCAAAUGACGAACGACGACGACCCGGCCACUUCGACGCCGCUACCCCAUUACACGCCGACGAUGCGGAACGGGGGCAGCGCUUGCCGCACGGCCGGCACGUCGGACCCGGCGGAUUCGGGACCGGUGAUGAGGCUUUGGACGCCUUGGAGUGGGAGUAUUCUCCGGCGCGUGGCUGGACGUCGAGACAGCCUUUCUCGUGGAGCGGCGCCGAUUUCGCGGAUGUCGACAUCGAUCCGUCUACGCCGGCGCAGGGGCAGAGGGCUCGUUUCGAUGGGAGGCAUUGGGGGCCGGCUCAAGUUGAUUGCGGCUCUUCGAGUUCCAGUAUUAUGAGACAGUCCGGCCAGUACGCUCUGGGGAGACUGAGCAACGGGAAGAUGAAAGAGAGCUGCAUGGGCGGAGGGAAUCCCCCGAAACACGUCGUCUGA